UAGUCCAGAUGAGACCUGACCGUCUAUUGGCUGCCGCAUGUCGAGACGCUGACGCGCACGACGUCUCUCCUCUAGUCUAUUGUUAUUGUGUCGUGCGCGUGUGGAAGAGGCAGGAUGCACGAGGAGACAGUGGGGCCGUUAUACGGAUAAGAAAACAGAGAAAUACCAAGCUCGCGCAGUGCCACACAUGAAAAAUAAAGAGUAGCUUCUUAGGAAUUUUCGGAGACAAAUAGCCCGUGAAUACAAAGCCACACACAGGUCUGAUUUAAAGGGCUGUAAACACAGACAGCGGCUCAGCACACACAGCACGGAGAGAGCUGCCCGAGAGGUCCGAGGUCUUUUUGUCCAAGUUCUACCCUCCACUCCGGCUCAUGUGGACUGAUUCAGAGCUGGGCCAUCACGAUGCCAGUGAACUUUCUGGUCAUUCAUUGGCUGACCAGCUUAAUACCAGCAGCAUUAUGUCGGUGAACCCUCCGAGCAGCAAUGAUGCCUGCCUCAGCAUUGUCCACAGCCUCAUGUGCCACAGGCAGGGUGGAGAGAAUGAGGGCUUCGCUAAGCGGGCCAUCGAGAGUCUGGUGAAGAAGCUGAAGGAGAAGAAGGAUGAACUUGACUCACUCAUCACUGCCAUCACCACGAAUGGUGUCCAUCCCAGCAAGUGUGUCACCAUUCAGAGGACACUGGAUGGACGGCUACAGGUGGCAGGGAGGAAAGGUUUUCCUCAUGUGAUUUAUGCACGGCUGUGGCGCUGGCCUGACCUCCACAAAAAUGAACUCAAGCACGUCAAGUUCUGCCAGUACGCCUUUGACCUGAAGUAUGACAACGUGUGUGUCAACCCCUACCAUUAUGAGAGGGUGGUGUCUCCAGGCAUCGUUGGUCUCAGCCUUCAAAAUACAGCAGCAGCAGGGGGCCUCAUCAAAGAGGAAUACAUCCAUGACUGUAUACAGAUGGACCUCCCACCUGGCAUGCCUUUAUCUGACCACCAAGCAGCCCUGAAGCUGCCUCCUCCAGACCACUAUAGCCAGUCCCUGCCACCCCCACAGCUGUCCUCUGAGCCCCAUGGACCCCCAACUGUCAGUAGAUACACUAAUCUGCCUGUCUCACCCAAAGUGUCUGGUUCUGGCAUGCUGCCACUGCAGGGUGGUCACAGUGAUGGCCGUCUCCAAACUGCAUCUCCACAGGCUCAAGCUAUGACCCCAGCACCACGACCUCCAACUCCAAACCAAACCCCACCUCAGCAACAGGCUGUUCAGCAGCCCUCACAGGCCCCUCAUUCACAACAACCCUCUUUACCUCCCUCGCACUCGCAUGGACAGAACGGAUACAGCGGCAGUAAACACUCUAACAGUCAGGCUGUUUUCCACAUUUGGACAGGCAGCAGCACAGCCUCAUAUACUCCCAUAGGACCCCAGCAGAACGGGCGUGGUCACCAACAACCUCCCCUCCAUCAUCCAAACCACCACUGGUCUCAGCAUCAUGGCUCAACCUCUUUUCCUCCUUCCGUGUCUAACCACCCAGGACCAGAGUUUUGGUGCUCCAUCUCCUACUUUGAGAUGGAUGUUCAGGUGGGUGAGAUGUUCAAGGUGCCCUCCAGUUGCCCUGUAGUGACUGUGGAUGGUUAUGUUGACCCAUCAGGAGGCGAUCGCUUCUGCCUUGGUCAGCUGAGUAAUGUCCACCGCACAGAUGCCAGUGAGAGAGCCAGGUUACACAUAGGUAAAGGCGUGCAGCUGGAGUGUCGUGGUGAGGGUGAUGUGUGGAUGCGCUGUAUGAGCGACCAUGCUGUGUUUGUACAGAGCUACUACCUCGACAGAGAGGCAGGCCGAGCACCAGGUGAUGCUGUGCACAAAAUCUACCCUGGAGCAUAUAUCAAGGUGUUUGACCUGCGACAGUGCCACAGACAGAUGCAGCAGCAGGCAGCGACGGCUCAGGCUGCAGCUGCUGCGCAGGCAGCUGCUGUGGCUGGAAAUAUUCCUGGUCCAGGCAGCGUUGGAGGCAUCGCACCUGCAGUCAGUCUGUCUGCAGCAGCUGGGAUCGGUGUAGAUGACCUCAGACGACUGUGUAUCUUGCGGCUCAGCUUUGUGAAGGGCUGGGGGCCUGACUAUCCCCGACAGAGCAUCAAACACACCCCCUGCUGGGUGGAGGUCCAUCUGCACCGUGCUCUGCAGCUCCUGGAUGAGGUGUUGCACACAAUGCCAUUGGCAGACCCAGGGCCUGCCAACUGAAGACCAAGACCACAUUCAAAUUCCAAUUUGGAUUCUCUGAAUGUGCACACACAAACACACAUUUGGAUAUUUUUGCCUCAGGCCAAACAUAUAGUCUAAUUGAUACACAAAGUAAAUUGAUCAGAAACAGAAAACAGAAACAACAACACAUUAUGCUUGUAACAAUCAAUGCAUGCAUCACUCAUGCAGUCUCACAGCCACACACACACCACACACACACACAGAAACCAAAACGUCUGUAGCUACACAGACAUAAAAGUGCUGAUGUCUUUGGGAUUUUUUUAAUUCUUUACUCUACAAUCUGAAGUUAAACACAAAGGAGUUGGAUUACCUGUGGUAAAGAUUUUGGGUUUGUCUCUGUCCUUAAGACAUUUGUAUGCACUGUAGAAAUCCAGGGAUGCAUUUCAGAAAUCCAGUUCCCCUAUAUGCAUUUUGGAUUCUUUCUCAGUUUAGGAGUGUUCUGCACAUUCACUCGUGGAAUACACACAGACAUGUACAAAUUGUGUUAUUCAGGAGUUGACAACACUCCAGACAGAUAACUGCAUACCUCUGGAAAAGAAAACUUCAGCAUUACAGUUGUCUUUUAUGUCUUUCCAGUGAUGUAAAAGUAUGGAUUAAGGAAGCCGGUGUUAAGUCAUCUCUGUGCUUGUACUGCGCUCUUCUGUAUGUUGAUCUCAACUCAAACUGUUAGCGCUCUUAUUACGCUCACCUCAAACUAUAUUAUUUUUGUACCAAAAGUCUAAAAAGCCAAAAACAUUUAGCUUUAAAGAAGUGUUGUUGUUCUCUGUAAACAGUGCUACCCUGUAUGUAACCAAAUGGUUGGUGGAAAUCACCAAAGCCAGAAUACCUCAUAACUACAGUGCAAAGUCACAGUUUAGUUUUCUGCCUAAACCGCGCACACUUUGUUCAUUACUGACAGGCUGAGUUCAGGUCUGAGUUCAGGUCUGAAGUCAGUCUGAGGGUACAUGCGAACAUGUGUACAGACAGUACUGGAUACGCUGACUGAUAUCUGUUACUUAGUUGUGCUCUACAGUUUUACAGCAGAAUGGCCUUGUGAAAGAAGCUUCUUGUGAAUUGUGAUAUCCAGACACAGUAUUGUCAGACCAAACACCAGACUCCAGUCUGUGCAUGUGACACCAGUGCCUUUCUGUUCUCUGGUCUGACCUGUUCGGAAAUCAUCUCUUCUACAUGCGUAACAAGCAGUUUAUUUGAACUCUGGCUUGUCGUCUCCAGGUCCAUGUGUUUGGCCAGUGAAGAAGAGUAGCAUUGGAAACAGUGACUGAAGGGGUCUGUGUUCCAAAAAAAUGAAGAUGACAGCUUUCUGUCUCCUCUAACUUUCUCUGUCUCUGUUGUAACUCAUUUUAAGUGACGAUGGAGUAUAGAUAGAUCACCCUGCACAGCUGCUGUCAUUAGUGUAGACUUAUGUAGAUUUUGUCAGAUGACUUUGUUGUCAUAAAAAAAGUGAUUUGGAGCCAAAUUUCCAGUGUCUCGUGCCACUACUGGGAGUCCUGUUAAAUGGUGCAAAAAGUUCCAGGCAAAGAGUUUCCUCUCAUAAGAGCUCCUCACGAAUUAGAUUAGAUCAAUAGUUAAAUUAGAGUCAAAUUUGAAAUUAAAUUGAAAUGAAUUAAAUUAAAAUUAAAAAUCCAAAUAUAUUAAAUGAGAAGUUCGAUUAUGUUACAUGUGGUGAACUGUCAAACAAAUGUGGGUUUGAAGGGCACAUUACCUGCUACAGCUGACUGAAUGUGAACAGGUUAGGAGUCUGGACUUCUCACACUCUGCAGAGCUACUCUGAAAAAGAAGGCUGUGAGUACCAUGUAGACUGAGAUCGGUUCUGUGACACACACUAGACUUGAGGAAAUAAAAGGGUACCGUUUAAUCAAUGGAAAAAGCUUGAAUGUUUAGGAAAAUCCAAACUGUGCUAGACUGGGGACAUGGUCUGUUGAUCUAGAUCCAAAGGUGAAGAGAGGAUUGGUGAGAAGAGACGUGUAGUUUGACUCUGUCAGGAAACUUAGGAACAUUUGUCAUCUGAUUCAGCUGCUUUACAAAGAUCAGCCAUUAACAUAUGCAUAUUUGUGAUUUGUGCCUUUUGUUGUGAAUAGUAGAUACACCAACACUGGAUUGUAAGGCAGACAUAAGUUUGUCUUUCUACACGUGAAGAUCGAUGUUGCACAUUGUGAUUUGGUUUUCAGCUGUUCAGAAUCUUUUUGAUGAUAUUCUGUGGUUCCCUCAGGUAUCUGUGUAGCUCAUCAAACUGGUUUAUAGACAUAGCACUCAUCUUACCUAAGUAGUAUUGUUUAUUGCCUUAGUCUUCUGUGAGUGUAAAAUAUGAAUGAGUAUGCUUGGCACUAUCUUAAUCUUAGCAUGGACAACAUAAAUUGAUGUCAUAUUUAUCUGUUCUCCUCUGCCCAUAUUCAGGGAGGUGUUCAAGUAGGCUUUCUCAAAUCAGUAAAUUCAUCAUCAUCAUCAUCAUCAUCAUCAUCCUGAUCUCUCUACAAUUACAUCACUGUUUGUCACAUCACAUCACCUCCAUGAUGUGUCCAGAAAUGCUUUGGAGUCAGUGCCUGUAUGUUGCCACUGUCUGGGUAUCACUAUUGAUUUAGACAAUGAACACCAAGCAGCAACUUCAUUUUAUUACUGCUGUUUUUCAGCUUGUAGUAUUAAUUAGAUAUUUGAAGUGACAAAGUUGGAACCAUCCGGACUGAUAGCAGGACAGUUUGUCAGGGUUUUCCCUGUGGUCUCACUGUAGUCUCAGGACCUUCUCAUAUUUGCCCACUCAGGAGGUAACGUUUCAUUGAUGGUCCCUCAUUUCCUAAUCAUUUUCAAGGAUGUUUCCUUGAAAGAAAUUGUUUUAUUCCACAUAAAUCAAAGGGAAAAUAGGACAGACUUCAUUUAAACUCACAUACACACCCUUUAAUCACUGGCCAUUGGACACUUUACUCUCCAUGUAAAUUGGAUUAUUUGCUUGCCUGUAGACAGAGGUCCCAUUUUUUGCAUGUUCAGCUAACCUGCUGUGCACAGAUUAUAAAAAGACUAGUUUACAAUAGCUAUAAUUGGAAUGAAUUAAUUGGAAGUGUACUAACUGAACAUUGUUUCUAUUUUCCCCAUCAUGAGUACCAACAUGGUAUUGUUCUUUCCAGGAAACAGCUUGGAAAUCAGUAAGAAACUACAGAGUUGUUUAAGGAAGUGUUCCAUGUUUUCCAGAGCCAAGCUCUGAACAUUUAGUUAAGCUCUUAUCAGAAACAGGCAUUCUCAGGCCCACCUCAAACCUGUGGUCUGAAGUUUGCCUCUGCUGAGUCUACACAAAGCAUGGAACCCAGCUACUCCACUCAUUAGCUGAUGAAUAUGAUUGUGGUCUGACAGGAUGCGUACACUCAGCUGCUAAAUUAUGGCAUGCUGCUCCCCCAGGCGGGACUGCUUGUCAUGUCUUUGUGCAUGGACCAAACUAAAUGCACUGAGUAAUGACAAGUGUCUUCUUUGUAAAUACAGAGGACACUUGUGUCUACAACAAUAAUACACUUCAUAUAUGAAAUGGAUUGGGUGUACAGUGGAUGAGUGUGAUUAUUACAUGUAAAACCAAACCUGCAGUGGCCCCCUUGUCAGCCACAUCUCAUGGUCUUAAUCAGUGGAUUGAGUUUGUUCAGGCAGGCAUAACAUAGACUUAAUAAUCAGAAGUAAGAGUGAGCGAAUUCCAUCUACUGACCAAGUCUGUUGGAGGCGGCUGACAGCUCUGAAAAGCUUGUAAGUGGAUUUUCUGAGUACAAGUUGUUAAUGUCAUACUGCCAUUCGCAAAGUCAAGGAUGAACUCAGGCUCUAAAGGAAUUUUCUGACCAAUAUAAAUUCUUUGAUUGUAGCCAAUGUUUCUCCAGCCACAUAUGUAAUCACAGUAAUGAUGAACAUAUUAAUAACAGGAGCAACAGCUGUAUUCAUCAUGGCAUGAAAAACUUCCUUAGACCAUAAAAGUCCAUAUUACACAGAGCUCAUCAGACUUUAGGAAUGUUGCACUGUGGGUAGGGUGUAGAGCCAUGUAACUUCAGUUCAGAGGCAGGGUGGAGUACAGUUAUACAGAAAGCUUUGUCUCUUCAGUGAUUUGCCAUGUGUUUUGUGAUUUGUUUGGGAGAAAUGGGAACUACAAUUUUCAGAAGAGGUUUGGGCUAAAUAUUCCAAUAUUUAAUGUAUCUACUUUUAUAUCUUGCAAUAUAAAUUAUCAGGACAAAAUGUGAAACAUUUCUGGAUAAAAUCUGAUUUCAUCCCAUACCAAAGCCACUGAUAAUGCAUUUAUUAUUCCAGUCUGUUCUUAAUGUGAGACAAACAGAAAAACAUACACAUCAUCCCAUUCAUAAAACAUUUAACAAGUUUAUUCUGACACUUACAUAAUAUUAAAAAUAUGUACUAAAGAAUUGAAUUUGGCUACAUAAUAAUAUUGUUAUUUUAAUUUUGUAGUAAUUUUAUUGUAAAAAUGUGCUGCUCUUGUAAUGUUGACUGGAUAUUAAAGUAAAAUUAACAAAUGACAUUGUCAUAUUUAUACAGACUUUGCUGAUGACAUAUGGCUACCAAUAAAGUCAUAUCAGAGAACCCUGUCAAACAGCCUUAACAUUCACUGACUGUCAUGAACAACUAACUAAACUAAGCUGAGGGUAGAAUGCAUUUCCAGGUAACUGUGUAGAAGACAUUACAGUUUUUUUCCCAUCCAGCUAUGGUCGGGUUCAUUGGAAGACUGACAAGGCUUGCAGGUUUGUGAACGGUGUUAUGGCCCACAUACAUGUGUGUCCACUGUUUAUGUGGCAGUCUUUAUCACACUAACAUAUUCUUUAAGCUUGCCUAAAUGCAUGUUUCUUACAUUAUUUAGCUUCACGAUGCGUACUGCCAUAUUUUCUGAAUGGCGAUGCAUCGCGCCGUGGUGCAUUAUUACGCCAAGGUAUGCCCUACGACUUGCGUUAACCCCGCGGUUGCCAGUCCCCCGACGGGCGCGGGGUGCGAGCAGCCCGUUCAAUACGGUGGCCUGGAGGUGCAAACCAACAUUACAAAAUGUGAAACACUUUUACAAACCUUGAGGGCUGACGGGAGGAAGCUGCUCUGUCAGGUGAGGAGACACCUCUCUGAAAUAUGAGAGGAGUUAAGAUGGCGGAGUGAGCGGCAGCGUUUUUUGCAGGUUAUUAAAGUUUUGAAGCCGUCCUAGACAAUUGUCCUUCGACAUUAAGAAAAACCCAACUGCACAAAGAAAUUGCAAGAACAACUCCUGAGCCCCACGGUGUUUCAUUUUUUUCGAGACUGACCACUUUUGCUCUCAGUUCCACAACGUGAAUGAGAUUGCUAACGUUAGCAAAGCGGCUAAAGCUCCAACGCUAACAGAUCACGACUACAACCUGACGUCCCUGCGAGAGGCAUGUGGUGAAGAGGAACUUGAAGAAAUAGAGGCGAUGGAGGAAGAAAACCGGAAAAUGCUCCAUAACCACACACCACUACCCAGCCCAAAUCCCCAAAAAAUGAAACAAAGGAAUCAAGACGAGAGAAACCAGCUGGGUGAGAUUACAAAUGAAACCAUCUUUAAUGCAAUUCAAGCUUUGAUAAAGAGAUUUGAUGAACAAAAUGACAGACUGAAAAUCUUUGAAAGUCAAAUGGAAGCAAACACACAAGCAGUGAGAGAAAAUAAGGAAGAAAUAAGCAAAUGAAAGAAGAAAUGAUGUUGCUGAAAAAAGAAAAUGUCUCACAGAAGCAGAUUUGUUUGGAGCAAGCCAGAUAUAAGAGAAGGUGGGAUCUUAGACUGAUGGGCCUUCCUGAAAAAGACAAAGAGAAUACAAGAGAGACUGUGACCGGCAUCCUUACAAGAGUAAUCCCGCUGUCAGUAGAGAAGCUCCGUGAGACAGUAGACACAGUGCACCGCCUGGGAAAAAAGAACGAUGCAGCUACCAACAAGAUGCCCAGACCUGUAAUCAUCCAGUUUGCCUUGCGAACUGUUCGUGAUGAAGUAUGGAGGAGAUCAAGAGAGGCAAGAGUAUGCAAAGAGAUAAACAUUCAGUUCAAGGAGGACUUCUCAAAGGAAGAUCGCGAGGCUCGUCCAAAGCUGUGGCUCAAGGUGCAAGAAGCCAGACGAAACGGAAAGAAGGCCUCUCUAAGAGAAGGAUAUGCACUCAUCAAUGGACGCAGAGUUGACCUCUAACUGCUGCUUAGUAAGCAAAUACUCUGGCACCUUAUGCUUAUACAGAGCAAAAAUUCAGGAACAUGGUAAGAUGUAUUUAUGUUUACAGAAGUAAACUCUCAGGUACUUUGUUGAACAUAUAACUGAUUUAAUUGCUUAAAGAGAUUUAAGGACUUCAAUUUCAAGUUGUUUUUUUCUUUUUCUUAAAUGAUGUUACUAAGGACAACAUGUUCAUUCCUGCAUAGAAAAAAAAAAAAACAAAGUUAAGCGCAUUCAGAAAACCAUAAUUUAUUUUAUGUCAUUGAAUGUUAGGGGGUUGAAAAACAUUAUAAAGCAUAAAGCCAUUUUUUUUGUUUUGUAAGGACCAAAAAUCACAAUGUGUUUUUUUACAAGAGACUCAUUCUGUUAUGACUGAUGAAAAAUUCUGGAAAAUUCAAUGGGGGAUUAUGCUUUUUUCGCACAUGGAACAUCACACUCAGCAGGAGUCAUGAUAUUAUUCAAUAGAUUUCCGGGUAGCAUAAUUGAUCAUAAAAAAGAUACUGAAGGUCACUGGUUAAUGGUGGUAGUGGAGAUAAAUGACAAACGUUAUAUUUUAACAUGCGUUUAUGGCUUUAACAACCAAGCAACUAAUAUGAACUUCUAUACCAAAUUAAUCCAACUUAUAAAUAAAUGGAAAACAACAUAUAAUUCAGAUAAAGUGAUAUUGGGAGGAGACCAUAAUAUAGCCCCAGAUUCAUGGUUAGACAGAUUACCUCAUAGGAAUUCUCGACCUGUAUACAAUGACACUAUACUGUCUUUAUGUACAACAACACAGGUAAUUGAUUAUUGGAGAACAUCGAAUCCAACAUCAGUUCAGUAUACAUGGUAUAACUCUGCAGGAAACAGUCAAUGUUCAAGACUAGAUUACUGGCUGAUUUCAUGUGAGUUAUGUAAUGAUAUUUUGGAUUGUAAAAUAUCAGCCUCUCCGCUCACAGACCAUUGCAUGAUUAGUAUAAACUUAUUAUCAUCCAAACAACAUUCGAAUUCUCCAAAUAUUUGGAAGUUUAACAAUGAUUUCUUACAAAAUGUUGAAUUUUAUGAUCAGGUGAAGUUUCUUAUCUUGGAGGUUGAAAAGUUAGACAUGAGUGAUAUCAGUAAAUGGGAAUGGUUUAAGUUUAAGACCAAACAAAUAGCAAUUGACACAGGUAAAAAAUUGUCACGUAUAAGGAAACAAAAGCAAAAGGAUCUAAUCGACAAAAUCAAUUCAUUAACAAGUAAUACACAAUUAUCCUUAGACAACAUUACUGAAUUAAAGUCAUUGCAAUCCCAAUUAGAUGACAUGUACACAGCAAAGGCAAAUGGAGCUUAGAUUCGAUCAAGAGCUAGAUUGAUCGAAAAGGGUGAAAAAAGUUCAACAUACUUCUUUGGACUUGAAAAACAAAGACAGACUAAGAAAAAAAUAAGCAAGCUUAUGACAAAUUAUAUUAUAAUUGAAGAUCAGAAAUUAGUCCAAGAUGAAAUCUGUCUCUUUUAUUGUAACUUAUAUCAAAAUUUAAUAAAUCAGAUUGUGACAUUCUAUUUGAAAAAAUCGACGAAGACAUGAAAAAAAUGGAUGUAGAAGACAAACAUAUACUUGAAGAAGGAUUAACUGUAAUUGAAAUUGAAAACACAUUAAAACAAAUGAAAAACAGUAAAUCACCAGGGAUUGAUGGUUUAACAUCUGAAUUCCUAAAACAUUUUUGGACAGAUAUCAAAAAGCUACUAUAUAGCACUUUUCUGGAAUGUAUUCAGAAAGGAUGUUUGUCUCCUACUAUGAAAACAGGUUUGAUAACCUUAUUACCAAAACCCAAAAAAAGAUCUGUUGAUGCUAGACAACUGGAGACCAAUAACUUUACUAUGUAAUGACUAUAAACUACUUGCUUUAGUUUAUGCAAAUCGCUUAAAGCAUGUAAUUGGAAAACUUGUAGGAGAAUAUCAAUCAGCUUUUAUAAAGGGAAGAUAUAUUCACAACCAUAUUCGACUGAUUUUGGAUAUGAUUGACUACCAAUCAUUCAUUCAAUCAGAUAGUCUUGUGUUAUUCAUAGAUUUUUUCAAAGCAUUUGACACUAUAGAACAUGAUUUUAUGUUUACAGUGCUCAAAAAACUUGGAUUUGGAGAAGGGUUCUGCAAGAUCAUAAAAAUGUUUUAUAAUGAUAUCUACAGUUACAUCUCCCUCAACCCUGGAAUGACACCAAAAAUUAAGAUUUUACGUGGAAUUAGACAAGGUUGUCCUAUUUCGCCAAAAUUAUUUAUUUUAUGUACACAAAUGCUAGCAUUUCUAAUUGUAAAUCACCCUCAAAUUAAAGGAAUUACCAUUUUAGAUUAUGAAUAUCGAAUAAGUCAAUUUGCAGAUGACACAGUAAUCUUUCUAAAGGACAAAUCCUUAAUUAAAAAAGCCUUGGAUAUAAUAUCAAUCUUUUCCAGAGCUUCAGGAUUAUGCCUAAAGUUGAAAAAAUGUGAAAUACCAUCUCUUCAUCCGUGUACUGAGACAAAUAUAGGCUCCAUUCCUAUCAAAACUGAAUUAAAAUAUCUAGGUUUAAUAAUAUCUAAAGAUAAAAAUAGAGAGAACAACUAAACAUUGAAGAUAUGAUGAUAUGAUAUGAAUAGAGGAUAUGAAAAAAUCUCUAAACCAUUGGCUUAUGAGAGAUCUCUCUAUUCUUGGUAGAAUCUUAUUGACAAAAGCAGAACGUUUAUCAAAACUAGUAUAUCCUUGUCAAUCUCUCUAUGUUCCUCCCCAAAUGAUUAAAAAGGUAAAUUCCAUCAUUUUUAAUUUCAUAUGGAAAAAUAAGACCCACUACCUUAAAAAAUCUUUGAUGGUUAAAGACCAUAAACAUGGUGGGUUAAAAGCGGCUGAUUUUGAAUCCAUGAUAGGUGUAUUAAAGUUGAACUGGAUAAAAGCUUAUUUGGCACAGCCUGAUUCCAUAUGGUUCCACAUACCAAAAUAUCUUUUCCAAAAUGUUGGAGGAUUAGAAUUUUUGUUAAGGUGUGACUUUGAAAUAACUAAACUACCUAUCAAAUUGUCUGACUUCCAUAAACAAAUACUGCUCUACUGGAAAAUGAUGUUCACUCACAACUUCAUGCCGCACUAAUAGAACCAUAUCAAUUAACAGGAAGACUUUAUUUAAACAAGAAUGGUAUGAUAAAAAGGUUCUAUAUGUUACUGACUUGAUGGAUGUAAAUGGCAAUUUUUGGUAAUUCAUUUGUAAAAAAGUUUAGUUUAAAAUGCUCUUAUAAAGAAUUUAAUCAAAUUAGUCAGUAAUCAAAUUAGAGCUAUUCCACCUCCCUUAAAAUACAUGAUCAAAAAUAUCCUCACAAACUCAAACGUGUCUGUUAAACUGCCUGAUUUAAAAAUUGGUGAACUGAAAUUUGGUGAAAGAAAAUGUAACAACAAAGUACUUGGAAGUGUGUUUAAAGAAAAGCUGUUCCAUGACAUCAAAAAAUCAACAAAAAUAAAGAUAACAGAUAAUGAAGUGACACUAACGAAGACUUAUUGUAGUUAUCUUAAAUGGCCAAUUGCACCUAAGGUAAAAGAAAUUCAGUUCAAAUUAAUAAACAAUAUUUAUCCCGCUGCUGUAACCCUAAGGAAAAGAUUCAAUUUUGAAGUAAGUCCGUGUGUUUUCUGUAUGACAGAACACGAAACGAUGGAACACUUAUUCUUCUCUUGUUCAGUCACAAUGCUGUUCUGGAAAGAUGUUUAUCAAUGGUUAAAUAUUGAGAUUAACAAUUCCUCGUUUAACAAAUUCCAAGUGAUGGUUUAUAUGGACGGCCUGUCAAAAAAGGUAUCCAAAAAGGUGAACAUAAUUCUUAUUAUGGGAAAAUAUCAUAUACACAAGAAUAAAUGGAAAAACAGCAAACCCACCAUAAACAGUUUUAACAAUGAAAUUAAAAACCAUAUAACAUCCCUAAAGGUUUUACUGGAAGAAAAUCAGUCUAUCAAUGAACUAUAUGAAACAAUGUCAAAGUCUCUUGCUUUUUAAGUUACAAUCCUGUGUUCUUUUACUACGCUUAAAGCACUUUUGUUAAAAUAUCAACCCCUGUGAUUAUUUUAUUUUAUAUUAUCUUGUUAAUGUGUUGUAAGCUUGUAGUGUUUCAAAUGCAAGCAAAUGUUUCCUCAAAUGAGUUCUUUUUGUAAAUUGAUGUAUAUUUCAAAUUGAAAUGUUCAGUAAAUUGUAAUGUGAAAAAUAUAUAUAUAUUAAAAAAAAAAUCUUGAGACAAAUUUACAUUAUAGAAAACAUUUUUACAUAUCAUAAAACACAAUUACAUUACCAUAACACAUUUACAAGUGCCGAAACAAAUUUACAUUUCAGAAAACAAAUUAACAAGACGCGAAACACUUUUACAAACGCCGAGACAAAUUUACAAGUAACAUCAACCGGAAAGGGAAUGUACCAACUCCGGAGUUGAACCGGAAGUGGUGACGAGGAGCGGCCAAUACGAGUUGUUGUCGUUGAUGGAGUUCAUGGUGACCCAAGAUGGACAGCAAUCGAGUUAUGUUUUGCCCGUUUUGGGGCAAACACAUGAGCCGAUUAACGCGGGUUUGUUUUUCGUGUGGUCGGUCUUUAGAGUUUUUAAAUGGCGCAGACCAGACGGAAGGACCAAACGCACAGGGGACAUAUCAACAGCCAGAUAAUGCUAAACAAACACAAUGUUACAGGCAGCAGGCUGUCUGAGACACGUGACUUCUGUGGCAGAAAAGAAAGAAAUUGACAGACUACCUCCAAUGGUAUAUUAUUGACUGCAACUCAUCUGUAAUUGACAGAUUCAAAGAUGGUCUUUCAGCCCUUCAGUUACUGGAUGCACUACAGCAACACCCUUCUUUGCUGACCCCUGUCCUAUGCCACUCUGAAAAGCGACUCACUGGCCUUGAACGUGAGAGACUCUUCAAACCUGACCUCAGCCCUUCAGGGAUUAACAGGAGACUUGUUAAAAUCAAACCUUGGCCUACUGGGCAGACUAUCUGCUUGACUGUGAAGAAGGCGGGACUACUGUGUCUGUGGAGGAUGUUUUGAUGCAACUGGGCUGACAUCACUUGCCCCUUCUGGCUUGGAACCACUGUGGCAAAUACAUGUUCAAACUUGAAAUUACCACUCCUAGAUUCAUACAGUGUGUUUAAGUCACAAAUGGACUUUGGAAUUAAAAAUAGUCCAGGAUUUGGCUGUUUAUAAGCCAUAUGGCUGGAUGACCCCUAGAGCCUGAACUCUAAAAAUGUUGUUUUGUUCUUUGUUGCUGUUGUCAUUGGUGCAGUUGCUUUUGUUAAAGAGGUUUUUAUAAUGUUAAAGUAUGUGAGCAUGUUUUUUUCUCAGUCAGUUGUUUUAGAUCAAUAAUUCUCAAGCUGUGGUCUGUUUAUGAAUCACUGUUUUAGAUUUAGAAUGAAAAAACAAGUAUUUCAAGAGAUUUUGUUAUCUUAUAAAAAAAAGUAAUAAAUGCUCAUUACUUUAUUUUUAUUCAUAUAUAUUUCCCCCUUUGACAUAAUGAAGCUGUGGGUGACAAAUUCAGACACUUUGUGUACAUGUUCCACCAUUACAAUAAACCUCUCUUCCAUUCA